AUGCUGGAGGAGCACCGGGGCUAUCUGUUGGAGCUCAUCUUGGUAAAAGCAAGGCUGAGUGCCGACAUGGCCAAGGCCUUGAAGCACACGGAAGCAAUGUUGAACAGUGCAGCACUUCAGAUCAUAGGCAUGUCGGCAACGCUUCCGAACGUGCAGCUGCUGGCGGACUGGCUGGGGGCCAGGCUCUAUGUCAGCAACGACCGGCCAGUCCCGCUCAGCCUCUCAGUCGCUGUGAAGGGUCAGGUCCUGCACCAGAACCGAGGAAUACAGGCAGCCAGGCCCGAGGCAAAGAACAGUCGGGACCCAGAUGGACUGGUGCCCUUGGUUUCGGAGUGCGUCUCAAUGCAGCAGUCGGUCCUCGUCUUCUGUGCUACGAAGGAUUGGUGCGAGAAAGCAGCUGCCUUGUUGGCUGAUGAGAUGCACUUUCAGCUCGAGGAGAACUCAGGUCCCGCCAUUGCAUGGCAGCAAAGUCAAGAUAAGAGGCUACAGCUCGUGGAAGAAUUGAAACAGACGCAUUCUGGCUUGUGUCCAGUCCUUGCCAAGACUGUGCUCCGUGGGGUUGCUUAUCACCACGCAGGGCUUACAACGGACGAGCGCAGUCUGCUGGAGGCAGCUUACAGGAAGGGAAUCUUACGUUGUCUUUGUGCCACGUCUACUCUGGCUGCAGGGGUCAAUCUACCAGCUCGGCGAGUCAUCAUUCGAUCCAUGAAGGUGGGACGAGAUCCCCUAGAUGCAGUUCGGUUCAGGCAAAUGGCUGGGCGUGCAGGUCGUGUCGGCUUCGAUACAGAGGGCGAAUGCAUUGUUAUGGCCAAGUCGCUAAAAGAAGCAGACGAGGCUCAUGCGCUCUUCGCAGCCCAGCUACAGCCCUUGCGGUCGGCUUUGGGAAAGGAGCGCUUAGUUAGGGCCGUGCUGGAGGUAGUGAGCUUGGGGCUCAUUCGCACGGUUGAAGAGAUCGAAGUGCACUUUGCAAGGAGACUCUUCCGUUUUUACGAAGAGCAGUCCCCGUCCAGUUUUUGCAGCGAGUGUGUGGUUCCAUCAACUUUGCUGCAAGAUCUACGUUCUGCACUGUGCUCAUUGAAGGCACAGAGGCUGAUCGAGGUGGACGAUGGCUUUGUGGGCAUCCGCCAAAGCAGCAGUGGCAACUUGCAGUGUGAAGGUGGGCCGUUCGCGCCACAGGCCACGAUUCGCUCAACUCCGCUGGGCAAUGGCGUCGUACAUUCUGCCCUGCGACCUGAAGAGGCCCUGAGCGUCUUUGCAGACCUUCAGACAGCUCGGAAAUGCCUUUGUUUGGACAACGAUCUCCAUCUGAUUUUUCUCGCGACUCCUGCAACAGCUGCGACCAUGGAGCCAGACUGGGGGAGGUACCUCAGCUACUAUGAGAGACUUCAACCAAGGGAUCGAGCCGUUUCUGAUGCAGUUGGAGUCUCGCACCAUUUUCUGCUGAAGCAGUCCAUGGGGCACCGUGGACCGCUUCCUGGGCCCAGCAGUGGUGAUUGGCGCCAGGAGCGGGAGCGCGUAACAGCUCUGCACCGACGCUUUUGGGCAGCUCUGGCCUUGCGAGAGCUGGCUGCGGAGAGCUCUCCCGCUCGAGUUGCCCGUGCUUUUGCGGCUUCUAGAGGCUCUUUGCAGGCGCUCCAGGGACUGGCGGCCACCUACUGCGGAAUGGUACGCCAGUUAUGCGAAAGGGUUCAUUGGCACGACAUGGCGGCGCUGUUUGACUGCCUGAUGCCGCGGCUGAGCUUUGGGGCCGCAGCAGAGGCGCUGCCCUUGUGUCGCAUCCCUGGAGUCCAUUCUGCAAGGGCAAGGGCGCUUCUUCAGGUUGGCCUGUCCAAGGUAGAAGAGGUUGCACAGUCCCCGAUCUCGAUGAUCGAGUCCGCGCUCAAAAAACUUUGCCAGCUUGACUCUGGUGCCGGAGGUGCCCAGCAAGAGGCGUGUCUCCAGGCUGUACACCAGGCUGCAGCCCGGAUACUCCAUGGAGCGCAGCAGCACGUCAACGCGGAGCUGCAGCGCAUGCAGGAUGAGACACAGGAGGCUCGAGCACGCUUUUGCCGAAAACAUGGCCGCCCUGGCCGCCCUGGGUCCUUGACCUGA